AUGUACUGGUCGGUGCUUGGAUGUAUUGUUGGCGUCGAGUACAUUGCAGAGUGGCUUGUUUCAUGGGUACCAUUCUACUACCUCAUGAAGACCCUGUUUCUUCUCUAUAUCGCGCUACCACAAACUCGUGGCUCAUCCUACCUCUACACCAACCAUCUUCAACCAUUCUUUCAUACGCAUGAAUCCCAGAUCGAUGCGACACUCGCAUCUUUCAAAAUUCGUAUCUAUGCCUUCAUCCAAGAAAGAUUUCGCAGCUUGUGGGAUGCUCUCGCUGCAACAAUUGGUCAACAGCAACAGGCCAACCUUUCCCCUGCAAGCGGGGUGACAGACACCGGCGUACCCCCAACUUUGGCUGACCCGGCAUCAGGGCCCACUCGACUUGCUAUGGGGCUCUGCCACUCGUACAGCCCUUCAAUUGUUGCUUCUGGUACAGCACUACUGCGUCAAGGUACCGUCGAUGAUCUGCAAGUGUAA